AUGAGUUCCAGCUCUGAUGAUGUCCAUCCUAUGAUUGACGAAAGCUCAGUCCCUUUUCAUACGAAACAAGGAAAGAUGUCUCGUGGAUUGCGUCAUCCUGAACGUCGUGUUGAGGCCAGACGACAGCAGCACAACGAGAAUGAACCAUCGUCUUCUGGUGAGAUCGGCUUUAGAAUCUCUUCUUCAUACACUUUCAUGCCCCAACAAUAUCUUAUAAAAGUGGGCUGA